AACAUGAUGGCGAAAGAAGUGUAGUGUGUGAGUGGAGAGCAAUACAAAGGAACUCGUGUGACAUUAUAUAUUUAUAGGUUAUUUUUUACAAUACAUUUGUGGUGAAUGCCGUCGAAAUGAGGAGUUUCAGAGAAAGUUGAAAUUCCAAGUGGUGGAACUGAGUUUGCAGUUUGCUGUCUAGUCAUAUACAUCUGUGAGCUAACUCCAAUAUCUUAGGGUUAGAGGACAGAACAGUCUGUAGAAACUAAUUAAAGAUUUUGCUUCAAUACUGUAAUUGAACAAUUUGGAUCCAGAAGAUGGCUCCACGGAAUAAAGAGAAUAAUGGUGGAGGCCAGAGAAAGGGAGGCAGAGGAAGAAGAAGUGCAGAAAGAGAAAAUGGGGACAACAAUGAAGGAGAAAUUGGAGGAGAAGAUUAUCGUCGACGCCGUGAUCGCAAUAAUCAGGCAGUGAAGCGUAGCCGUGUGAAGAGCAAGCUCCGCACCCAAAAGACCCUGGAACGGGUAAACCAACUUAAAACAGAAAAUGAGAUGCUGGAGGAGAAGAUUCGUAUGUUGACAAAGGAACUUGGAUUCCUGAAGGAUCUCUUUUUAGCUCAUGCUGGAUCUGCUCAUGGUGUAAACUUAGAAAAUGUUGAUUUGGAGUCUUUGCUCAAAGAAGAGCCAAAGACAGAGUCAGACCGCAUCAAGUCACUACAGGAAGGAGAACGGUUGCAUCUUGGAAGAGAAGAUGGCAAAUCUGAAUUCAAGUAAUUUGACUGACAAGUAAGUGUUCUGAUUCAAAUAUCACUUGAGUGUGGUAACCAUGUGCCCCCUGUUGGUUGACUGCAAUGUGUAGGUAAUUAAAUCUCAAGACAGUCUUUCUUAUGACUUAGAUCUUGAAAGGAAUGCUCUGAAGUGUUCAACAUGUGGAUAAAAUUGAGUUAUACAUCAUGGUUUUGUUUUUCCUUGAUUUUUUCCUCAUUUUAUUUGAGCAUAUUUGGGGAUAAAACAGGUUACAUCUUCUUCCUAUGACAGUGUCUAAUCACUGUAAUAUAUUUUACCUUUGCCAUAUUUUUCUAUAGCUUAUCUAAGAUGUGAUAUGUAGUGCAAUAUACAGAGAAUUGCUACGUAUUUCAAACCUAAACCACUGUUCUAGGGUUUUUUCUGGUUCUCAUCUAAAGGCUUUUUAUAUCUGUGUUGAGGUUCAGAUAUUAAUUCUGUAUGAAAGUGCCUCAAGGUGUGAUGAGUGGAUUGACAGACCUUAGAGUUUUAUAUACAUACAAAGAUUUUUAAAUGAAAUUCUUGUGAUUUUAAAUGAUUUUAUGUGCUGGAUACAUUAAUGAGAAUAUUGGUUCUUUUAUUCAUUUUUAAUUUGUAACCUAUGGAAUAUAAUACAGUGAACUUCCAGUCUGGAACAAAAAUGUUUUCUAAUACAGGCUACAGCUACCUUCCUAAAAUAUAAUUAAUUAUUAAGGCCUCGGAAGUAGAGCCAGCAGAAUAUGUAAAAGUGAAUAUUGUGUGUGUGUGUGUGUUGAUAAUGUGCUGAACAUUGGCUGUUGUAUAUUUCAUAUACAUGACAUUUCAGGGGUUGGCUCUGUUCCCAUCUUCAGGUGAUGAGUUCAUGUUAUAGUGAUAUUUUUAUUAUUUGUAUUUUGACUUAUGGUGACAAUUUAUAUACUAGGUUAGCAUACACUAGUACCACUAUACCAGUGGGGCAACCAAGAAAUGAUUGUUGUUAUCUCCUGAAGUUAGGGGUAGAACUGACUUAUAGUUAUGCUUAUGAUAGUGGACAAUGUUUAGAUAUUAUUGGUGUAAUGCUGUGUUCCACAACCUUUAUUUACAUGUGGAACACCCUAAUAUGUCAAAGGCACAUGAUAGCACAAAAGAUGUUUCCUCAUGAAAAGGGGGUAUGAAACUAUACAUGGCCAAUAUGUGUCAACAUAUCAUUACUUGCGCUAUAAGAAUGCAGGCACAUGAAAACAGAAAAAACUGCUUGUUGAAUAAAACCAUCAAAGAUGAACCUGUGUGUGUAUAGUGAAUUUUGAUUAUGAAAGAUAAGAUAUUUCCCUUUUUCCUAACUAUAACAUGAAUAUUCAGUUUCUUAUCAAAAUCUGUAGCACACCUGAAACCUUGUGGCAGCAUAAUGGUCAUACUGGUCUUGGAACACUGGUGUAAUGAACCAACUAUUGUCACAGACUUUUUGAAAAUUAAUGUGUUAGCCAGCCAGUCAGUAGAGUACUUGUCAUGACUGCCAUUUGCAUCACCUGUACGGUCUGCUGGCAGGUUUGUUCGUCAUACACCUCUGAAUAUUUUUUGUUGGGAUCUGUGUACCCAUAAUUAUUUGUUGUAUGGUACUAACAUUUUCAUUUAAAUUGCUGGUAUUUAUAGCUAACUACAUGAAGCAGAAUCCAUCCUGUGCAGCUAAAUUGCUGCUUUUUUCUAGCUGUGUUUGUCUUUUGUACUGUCAUUAUUUCAUCAGUUAAGUAACUCCAUGGAGUGGAAUCCUUCUUGAGAAGUUAAUAUUUGCCCAGCUGGUCAAGAUAUUUCCACUUCUGUGGAACCCAGAGGUUAAUUAUUGUAUUUACAAGAGCCUGCCUGUGGAUCAUUUUUAAAAAUUUGUUUAGAAAAAUCAUCUGACUAUGCAUAGUUCUCCCAAGUGACCUCUUUUUAGAUUUUCCAACUAAAAUAUUUUGUUACCCAUAUCCCCCUUGCAUGCAACAGUCUCCACUUAUUUCAUCCUUCUUAAUUUGUUCACUGAAAUAAUAUUUGGUGAAGGGUACAAGUUAUGAAGCUUUGUCUUGUGAUUUCCCCUGUUCUGUAUUUAUAUGGAUAUCAAUUUGAAACUUACAGUGUGUUGUUAAUUACAGGUAAAAAUUAUAUAUUUUAUUAAAUAAUGUCACUAUGCAGAAUGUUUCACUUGAUGUUGUUUUCUCAACAGCUUUUACAGUGAUUUUUACUUUUUAAAAGCAAGAGACUUCAACAAACAUGAUUUGGAGAAUAUUGAACUUUACCUGAUGUAGAACAAGAUGUGGGAAGUUAUGUUUGCUUUCUUUCUUUUUUUACUGUGUCUUCAUUUUAAGUGGAUAUGUGCAUUUGUGUUUACUGCAGAUGAAAAUGAAGAGGAUCUGCUUUACCAUUUCUUGCGCAUGGUAUUAUUGUUUUUGCUCAAAGGUUUUAGACAUAACUUCAUACUAGAGUGACUGUGUUUCGAUAUAUUAUGGUAUCUGAUACUGUCGUAGUAGGAAGUGCUAGCUUUUUAGUCUCUAUACGCUUAAUUCAUCAGCAGGGCUACAAGGUCUUUUUACUUUUUAAACAAAUAUAACUGUGUCUUCAGUACAGGCACUUCUUUCAUAGAGUGAUGUUAUUCUUUUCUGUUCCAUCAGUCACCAAGAAAAAUGGUACUCUGCUACAUUUAUUUAUAGGCCCAGAUUCAAGAGAAAUACACUUAUGAUGACUCUUAUAUGUGAUCAGUAAUCAAUAAAUUCAUGCAGGUGACUGCCACCUGAAGUCAUGUCUCCCUGUAACAGAACUGAGGUAGUAUGUGAACUAGAAUAGGUCUGCAAAAAAUAUGCAGGUUAAGAUAACAUUAUUCACAAAAGGAAAAUAACAAUAUUCCUUUAUGGAUUUUGGUCUUCUGUGUUAUACCAUCUAAUCUUAUAGGUGGUUACCAACAUUUAUGAAGAACUUAUAUAUCACCUCAGUUAAAACUGCAGAGUGUACAGAAGACCAUAAUCCAAAUAUUCACCACUACUGAAACCUUGAAUCUCAUAUACUAAACCUGUGUAGGGGUGCAACAUUACAGUGUUCAGUGUUUCUCAGAAAAUUGAGGUGGUAGGUUCUUCCAAAAUAUUGGUAACCACAUACAAGACUACACGGUGUCAUAACCCAGGCGUCCACGAUCUAAAUUCCCACUCCUGCAAGAACCUAAAUCUUAUGUUGUUGCUGGAAUCAAAUGGGAUUGCUUAAAUUUUAUUGUAUAGUAAUUAUAGUAUAGUAUGAAUUAUGUGACUACACGUGAAAUUUUAUACAUUAUGUUAAGUGUACUCUGCUUUCAUUCGAAACUGUUUUGUUAAAAUGUCAGCAUGCAACUUCCAUAGUGUUUAUCAGAGAUAUGGAUGCUACUGCAUUUUUAAUUUUUAUUGAUGCUGUCAGUAACUCAGCCUGUAUAUUGUCAAUUGAAUAAUAGUAAAUUAAAAUAGAUUUGGGUGUAAACAAUCAUGAUCUAAUUUAAGAUGCUAUCCUGGAGGUGCUGAUGAUAGCCAUGUAAAUCUCAGUCAGGAUAGAGGUGUCCAGGCUGAGAUUAGAUUUGGGAUUUCCUCAAUACAAAUCAGGAGUGCCAACCACUUGAUCAUGAUGCUUAGUGACAUUGUUGUCAUGUUGAUUUUCAGUUAGGUUGUAUAAUUAUGACAGACAUUUGUCAACUAAGCCGACUGCUUUCACAAGUAUAGAGAAAGGAUAGUGUAAGGCGGGUUUUGCAUAACUUAUUAAUCUUGUAGAUAAGCCCAUCAUGUUUUGGUUUCAGCAGAGUGUAAUAAAAUGACACAAUAUCAAAUGUUUGAACCCCUAUUGCUGAGACUUUACUAAGAAUCCUGCAAAACACAUUUCUGUAACAUGUUUAUUAUGUUUGGCAUUCACUUGAUAGGCUUGAAAAGCAUUGUUUGAAAUUAAAAGUGUAAAAGUUAUAUGCAGAAUGUGGCACAAGUUCUUGAAUUUUUCAGUUUCAUAAGAACAUGUCAGAAGUCUGAAAAGUAAGAGGACAACUUAAUAGCAAUCUGAACAUUGUUAUGUAUUGCGUUGUCAACGUGGUAUGAACAUGUGCAUUUGUUUCUCUCUUGAGAAACACUAAUAAAAGCAUAUGCCACAUAUUGUUAACAUACUACAGGUUAGUUAACCUUCUCAGCUGAUAUAAUUUGAUGUUAAAACUUUGUAAACUUUGGAUAUACUCGCAAUAAAAGCAAGCUGUAA